AAGUGUCACAUUAAUUAUUUUUUUUACUAUUAUAUAAGACACACCACCCUGAACACACUUUCAUUCAUACUCUCCAUAUUACACCACCCUACCUUACAUUUCAGGUUCCAUUUUCUUUUGAUUGAAUGGAGAGUUCAAGAAUCAUAAAAUGGUUAAGUACUCUACUAUGUGCCCUGCUAUUCCUAAAGACACAAGGACAGUAUGUUCCAUUGACUAGGCUCGAAAGUGCGGUAUCGAAAGGAGCUGUGUGUUUGGAUGGAAGCCCCCCAGCUUACCAUUUUGAUCAAGGACAUGAUGAAGGAGCUAACAAUUGGAUUGUUCACAUUGAGGGAGGUGGAUGGUGCCAUAAUGUAACGUAUUGCCUUUAUCGGAGGGACAGUCGAUUAGGUUCGUCGCAUGAAAUGGAAGAGCAAACUUACUUUUCUGGAUAUUUAAGUGACAACCAACAAUAUAAUCCAGAUUUCUACAAUUGGAAUAGAGUCAAGGUUAGGUAUUGUGACGGAUCAUCAUUUACCGGCGAUGUUGAAGAAGUUGAUCCAACGACGAAGUUAUACUACAGAGGUGCAAGGAUUUUUUCUGCUGUAAUGGAAGAGUUACUAGCAAAAGGAAUGGAUCAUGCUGAAAAUGCUAUUCUUUCUGGAUGUUCUGCUGGAGGAUUAACUACUAUAUUACACUGUGACGGAUUUCGAGCACUAUUUCCUAAUGAAACUAGAGUGAAAUGUGUCUCAGAUGCUGGUUAUUUUGUUAAUGUAAAUGAUAUCUCAGGAGAUCAUUACAUUGAAGAUUACUACAGUCAAGUUGUUGCAACACAUGGCUCAGAAAAGAGUUUGCCUUCAUCCUGCACUUCAAUGCUCAGUCCAGGACUGUGCUUUUUCCCGCAAUAUAUGGCAUCAAGUAUACAAACACCAAUCUUCAUUGUAAACGCAGCAUAUGACUCAUGGCAGAUCAAAAACAUUUUGGCACCUGGUGAUGCUGAUCCCGACGGCCAAUGGCGUAGCUGCAAGACCAAUCUAAACAACUGCUCACCUGAACAGCUAAAUAUAAUGCAAGACUAUAGAACACAAUUCUUAGAGGCAUUGAGUCCUAUAAGCAAUUCUCCAUCUAAUGGAAUGUUCAUAGACUCUUGCUAUGUCCACUGCCAAACAGAACCGCAGGAAACAUGGUUUAAAAGCGACUCUCCAAUGGUUGGCAAUAAAACAGUUGCAAAGGCAGUAGGAGACUGGUUUUAUGAAAGAAGUCCUUCACGUGAGAUAGACUGUACUUACCCUUGCAACCCUACUUGUCAGAACCGUGUUUGGGAGUCAGCAACUGCAUCAUACCCAGCAAUGUACACUAGAGUCUACUAAUUUAAUAUAUUUUUCAUUCCUAUGGCAUAAAAAAAUAGCAUUAUUAUUGAAUGUAAAAAUAAAGCAAGCAUAAUAAGAGAGAAAGCGCCAUUGCAUUGAGCUUGUGUGCUAGGCGCAAUCAAUUAUUGUCCAAUUUAUAUUUACUAUACUCUCUAUAAAAUUGUAAGUUCCAUGGUUUCACUAAUUGAUUGUCUACUUUUUUUAA